AUGUCUGAAAUCAGGAAACGCGUUGCUAUUGUUGGUGGUGGUAUCGGAGGGUUGGCUAUGGCAGUCGCUUUAAGUCACCUCAAAGUCGACGAGCAUCUUCAAAUCGACAUUUAUGAGUCCACAGGGAAGUUGACCCAAAUUGGCGCUGGGAUCAUGAUUUGGCCACGAGGAUGGGAAAUUAUUCAGAGUCUGGGAUUGGAAGCUUCCUUGGCUCAGAAAAUGUCUCCUGAUCAAGAGCUUCCUUCACCCGAGCAACUCAAGCCCACAUUUAAGAUUAGAAAAGGUGACACAAAGGAAGAUAGGCAUAUUAUUGAUGUCAUGAUGCCAGGUGGCUCAGUUGCGUUCCAUAGGGCAGACGUGCAAGAAGUUCUUCUCAAGCACAUAUCUCCUUCCAUUAAAGUUCAUCUCUCGCAUCGACUCAUCAGUUAUCGUGAACUUGAAGAAGGCCUCGUUGAAUUGGAGUUCAAGAACGGCAAUAAAGUCACUUGCGACCUACUGAUCGGUGCUGAUGGUAUAAAUUCUGCCAUUCGCAAGACAUUCCUUCGAAACAAAAACGGGUGGUCUGAGGAAGAAGCUGCCCAAAAAGCACAACCUCUUUGGACAGGUUCCACCGUCUAUAGAAACACCAUCGAUGCCGAGCUUAUUAGAAAGGACUCUCCGAAUCAUCGUGCGUUAACUGAGGCAGUGAUGCAUCUUGUAGCUUACCCGAUCCUUCAAGGCAAAUUAGUAAACGCUGUCCCAUUUCUUACAAACUACGCUAGGGAAGGGACAUAUGUCGACGGUCCAGUCCUGGUUGAAGGAUCUAAAGAUAACUUUGCUCCCAAUUUUGCGGGCUGGGCUGACGAUGUGGAAGUGCUUAUCAAGCAUAUGUCAAACCCAUCUCGCUGGGAAAUUCAGCACCAUUCGCCGCUCGAUACAUACGUCUCUGAAUCUGGAUCCGUUGUCCUUCUAGGCGAUGCUGCGCAUGCUGCACCCCCACAUCUUGGCAACGGCGCUAGUCAAGCCAUUGAAGAUGUUUAUGUUCUCGCAAACGUCCUAGCCAAAGGAAUUACGUCUGGCAACUUUGAUAUACCUAGACUCACCAAGAUAUACGAUACAGUCCGUCAACCAUUUGCGGUAUUUGCCGCAGACGCUUCGGUUCGAUUGGGAUACUUAUUGGACCUUCAUUCACCCGGAUUUGAAAACAUUAAGGAUGGCGAUGAAGUAAGCCAGGAAAGUGUAGACACACUUGCCAAAGCCAUCCAGGAUGUGUGGGCGUGGACAUGGCAAUCGGCCAAGCCAGAUAUGGAAAGGGCACUUGCGAUGGUUUGA